CGCGCGGUGACAUAUACGGAAGGGCACGUCACAGCCGCCUGCAGACGGCAGCCGGGAGAGCUGCAGCUGGAACAGCCGUCGCCGAGAGCGCCGCUUCCACGCCUGGGCGCCGCGUAGAGGCUGGCUUAAACAGAAGUACAGUUCCUCUCCGUCCCUCUGAGCAAAACAGGACCAAGUAUGUCGUGGAUAACAGAAGGUGAACUGUCUAUGCUUGAGAGGUUCUGUGCCAGCGUGUUAAAAGCUGGACCGAUGCCCAAGCAUGUGGCGUUCAUCAUGGAUGGCAACCGGCGUUAUGCUCAAAAGCACAAUGUGAAAAAGUUAGAGGGACACACACAAGGAUUUGCAAAACUGGCACAGACUCUGCAGUGGUGCUUGUCUCUGGGUAUCCGGGAAGUCACAGUUUACGCCUUCAGUAUAGAGAACUUCAAGCGGUCCAAGGAAGAAGUGGAUGGGCUGAUGGAACUGGCGAGGCAGAAAUUCAUCCGUCUUCUAGAGGAACAGGACAAUCUGGAGAAACAUGGUGUGUGUGUUCGUGUCCUCGGCGACCUGACUCUCCUGCCACUCGAUAUCCAGGAGCUGAUUGCCAAGGUUGUCCUGAGCACAGAGCAGUACAACAAGUGUUUUCUGAAUAUCUGCUUUGCAUACACAUCGAGAGAUGAGAUUAGCAACGCUGUGAAAGAGGUGGCUUGGGGUGUCGAAGAAGGGCUGCUGAAGCCGAGCGAUGUGUCGGAAUCAUUACUGGACAAGUGUCUCUAUACUUGCAAGUCCCCCCAUCCAGACAUCCUAAUAAGAACUUCAGGAGAGGUCCGGCUUAGCGAUUUCUUGCUUUGGCAGACGUCUCAUUCCUGCUUGGUGUUCCAGCCCGUCCUGUGGCCAGAGUAUUCCUUCUGGAAUUUGUGGGAUGCUGUCAUUCAGUACCAGAUGAAUCACAGUGCUUUGCAAAAAGCCAAAGAUUUAUACCUGGAAGAAAGGAAGUGGCAGCAGCUAGAAAAUGACAAGAUGUGUAUAACUGAGAAGCUGAAACAAGAAGGGGGUGCAUCCCCUGGCAAUUCUCAACAGCGGCGAGAGCUCUUGAAAGAAUGCAAAGCUCAGCGAGAAGAGAGGAUCCAGGGCUUUUUGCAGGCUUUGGAAAAGAAGAGAAUGGACUUCCUUGUCAAACUAAGCAUGGUGUCUGCAUGACCCAAAGGAACUUGUAAGGGGGAGGGUGGGGAAGAGGAAGUGUGUGAGACAAAUUAGGAUUCAUGCAGCUACUUUUGUUCGAAAAUGGGAUCUUCUAAAGGUCUUGUGUUUCCAGUAGACACGGUGGCAAGGCUCUCUUUUCAACAUCUUAUUUCUGGUGGUUGAACUGUGACUGGGAAUUUUCAUAUUUGGAACAAGUUACUGAUUCCUAACGUAAUACAGCUUAAGAGGUGAUGGAACAUAAGGCAAUUAGCUUUAGAACUGCUAAAUAAAAGGCAACAUUGUGUAGGUGUGUUUGUGAAAGAUCUGUGCAUGCCCUGGCACUUUUUUUGUGUGUCCUUCCCCCCCCCCCCCAUGCUACAAUCUUUUUACAUCGCUACUUCAGAGCCUUUAAAAGGCUGUUUGCAAUGUGGCAGAGGGAUACCACAGUUGUAAAUGGUUAAAACUGCAAACUUACGCAGUUAGGAGGAAGCCCCACUGAAUCUGGUGGGGCUUACUUCUGACCAAACAUGCAGUAGUCUGUAAGAGAAAAACCCUUGUUGCAGGUACACCAUCCCAUUUGUGGGGUAUGAGCCCCAAGGAGUUCUAAAGCAGCUUUCUUAGUCCCCUUUUGAUAAUGAGAUAGACUAGCUAUCCCAUUCAUGUCUUUUCUCCCAUCUCUCGUUCCUGGAGUCCUUGUGGCCAGAAGGCAUUAGAAUUGGAGGGUGAGUUCACUUGCAGAAUAGCACAGGAGGCUAUGCUGCCCCCAUCAUUUUAGUACGUUGAGGGCCUAACAUGCCCCUCUUCGUCCAAGAGCCCUGCAGAGAUCUGGACUAACAUAUUGGCCACAAUUGAGAUUAUUAUACACGUAUGUCUCUAAUGCAGCAUUCUCUGCUGGUUUUUUUUAAACAAUGUGUGUGCAGUAUUGUUAGUUUUUACUUUUUGAUGGCACUUGUCCAUUUUUUAAAAACUUGCAAAUUCAGCAUGCUGGAUGCAGCUGGAAGAAGAUGAUUACAUUAUCAAGCAAAAAUAAAGCAUUUUUGUGAUGUUUUUUUUUUAAAUGAGCGGAAUGUUAUUAAGAAUUGUUGCUUUUUCUAAAGGCUACGUGAAUCCAAAGAGGUAACAGGUAGAGUUUAAUGAUCUUUUUUAAAGCUUUUCAUGCUGAGGAUGAGCAGACUGCUGAUUACUGUGAGUCUUAUAAUUCAACAGUGAAAAGAUACGCAUCCUUUGAUGCAAGUCAUGAGUGCUGUAUACAGAAAUAUUUGGUGAUCAAUAAAUUAUGGGAAUUUUGUUCUCAUACAAUGGUUUUA